ACACCGGAAAUUGUGACUUACAGCCAGCUUAGAAACGAAACAUCUUGGAAUAAAUGACAACUAUUUUAGAAUUGUGUGGGUCAGGUUAAACCUGGUUAUCGGGUUAGUUUCGUCCACAAUCCGAAAUGCGCGCGCACAUGGGUGUUUUUACGCACGCUGACAUAACGGUCCAGCUGGGCGGACUCGUUACGUAAGCACGCAGCCUCGACAGGUAUUUAAACGGAGAGGCAGCUGGAAAGUUACAGUAACUUUAGCCUGUCAGCUCCCGUCGCGUUGUCAUGUCUUCUUAUAACAACAACACGGCGCUUUUCGCCGCGGCGCGCAGAGUCGCUAUUUUCGGAGGAACGCACGGGAACGAGAUGUCCGGCGUGACGCUUGCAAACCUGUGGGCGAAGAACAGCGCGGAGAUCCAGAGGAAAGGAGUUGAGACCAGAGCUUUCAUCGCGAACCCGAAGGCUGUGGAGAAGUGCAUCAGAUAUGUAGACACGGAUCUGAACCGAGCCUUCUCCCCGGAGAACCUCAGUUCACUCGGAGGGGACACGCUGCCCUACGAGGUGCAGAGAGCCCAGGAGAUCAACCGGAUAUUUGGGCCCAAGGGAAGCCCGGAAGCCUAUGACGUUAUCUUUGACCUCCACAACACCACGUCCAACAUGGGCUCCACGUUGAUCCUGGAGAACUCCAAAGACAGCUUCAACCUGCAGAUGAUGAAUUACAUAAAGAAAGCCAUUGCCCCAGCCAGUUGCCUUGUUCUGCUGAACGAACACCCUCACCUGAAGUACUCCACCUCUCGCUCGGUGGCCAAACACCCUGUUGGUCUGGAAGUAGGCCCUCAGCCUCAGGGUGUUCUGAGGAGUAACAUCUUUCAGGCUAUGAGAGUGAUUCUAAAACACGCCCUGGACUUCAUCGAACUGUUCAACGAAGGCAUGGAGUUUCCUCCUUGCACAGUGGAAGUCUUCCGGGUCCUAGAGAGGAUCGACUACCCGAGGGACGCCAACGGAAACAUCAUUGCCAUGGUUCAUCCCAACCUGCAGGACUGCGACUGGGAGCCGCUGAACCCCGGCGACCCAAUGUUCCAAACUUUUGACGGGCAGACCAUCCGCUACCAAGGCCCCGGCACAGUCUAUCCCACUUUUAUUAAUGAGGCGGCCUAUUAUGAAAAACAACAGGCAUUUCUCACCACCAGGCGAGAAGCCUUGGUUGCGAGUUCCAUCAGAAAAGCAUGAAAAGUGCUCCUUGUGAUUUAGAUUUUGCACUUUGCUCAGUUAGCUGAUGACAAACUCUACGGACAUAACAACUAAACUCCACAUUUUUACACUCUGGUUUAGUUUUCUGUGUUUAUUCUCAGAAAACCAACUAACUAUGCAAAAAACAAAUAAAACAUUUCAGAAAGCUUUGUAAAGAGUGGUAAGUAUUUAUGAUACUGUUAUUUAAAAACCUUUAUUUACAUUAAAUGAAGUGAACUUUUCUAGCAUUAAAGGCUGAUUAUUGUAGGCUGAUUUAUGAUGGCUUAUAAAUCAUUCCAAGCACUCUCCUUAAGUUUCCUACUUCUGCUCAGGAAGGCCAUAGAAGAUCCUAACCUGCAACCUUUGACCCCAGGUUCAUGGUGACAUCUCACUGGGUUGUGUUGCGUGGCCUUUGAUACUACCUACCUGUAACUCUAUAACCUGUGGUGCUGUCCUGUUGUUGCCUUAUGAAUUUCAGAGAUAAUUGAACAGCAUAUCUGUCGAUGAAUUUGUAGAUCACUUGUUAAACAAAUGUUGUAUGUGUUCUCAUUCACACAAAUCUAUACUACGAAAUGUGUUUUGUAAUAAUAUAUGUGUCUAUUUUGAUAUAAUUGUGUGUUUGAUUGUGUCGUAAAACACAGGGAAACAUAUUCUAAUGUUUUUGUCUCUCGUCUGAAACUUUAUCCCUUUGUCUUAUGAGCUGAUUUCAAUCAGCAAUAUUUCUGUGAGCAACACUCAUGAAUAUUAGAAUACUGUGAAGUAAUCCAUUCAAUAAAUGUGGAAUUGCUCUGUGUAAAGAA